UUAUAAAUGGAAAUCAUGUGGAAAUUUGAUUUUCAAUUUUUUAUUGCUGCUGUGAUUGUAUCAGCAAUGGUCGGAAAUGCUUCAGCAACAAAGGAAAAUAAUGAAAAGUUUCACUCACAAAAAUAUUCUAUCGAGCAACUUUUGUCGACAACGUUUCCAUAUUCUGAUCCAAGAUUAGAUAACCAAUUGCACAUGGAUCCAUGUAAAGCAGGCUCGUUCAUGGGAGACAUUGCCUUGCCAGAUGUGAAUUAUCAGAGCGACUACGGUUUAAAGAGCAAUAAAUCAGCACAGCAGGAAGAAAUUGAGAAGCUUAAGAAGGAAGUUUAUCUUGAUGGACUGCAAGUGGAGGAAGAAGGUCUGACCGAUAUUCUGAGAAAGAAAAUCAAGCAAGCACCACUUCAAGAUGAUUUGUUGAAGAAUAAUGACAAACUUCUCAAUGAAGCGAUUGUUGAAUCAAAGAACGAAGAAGCACAAACAUCAGUGAAUCAAUUUCCAUUUAUUGCUCAAGUGCUACCAACAAUGUCGCCAGCACCGGCAAAUGAAGCUGAGCCGGAAAUCAAUGCAACUAUAAUUGAAAACAAUGAGAACAUCAUUCUUAAUUUAACAGAUCAUAAUGAUCAUGUGCUGGCGUCAUCAAAGAUGGAAUAUAUAAAUGGAAAGGCCAACAAAUCGAGUUCGGAAAUGAUUGCUUUACGCAAUAUCGACACGAAUAAGAUUCAGUCAAACACGAAAGAUAUUUCUGAGAGUAGCGAUAACAUUGUGACAAAUAAUCGUCGAGUUGUGGCUGUGACAACUCCACCAAUUACUCGUUCAACAUUGCCAAAUAUUUUCAGUAAUUCUGGAGGAAAUGGCGGCAGUCUUGAUGAUGUUCAAAUUCUAAAUAGUGAUGGAAGUGUCAAGAAACGUCAUCGUAAUCGACGACAAGGAAGAAAUCGAAAGAUAACAGACACCAAUAACAAGGAACACUUUCAAGCUCGUGUUGCACGUCUUCGUCAUGAAUUGAUGAGAGCUUCCGAGUCACCACCAGAACCGCAUAUAAAAUCAAAGCCUUAUAAACGUAGGAACAACAAAAAUCAUAGCACAGAAAUUAAAUCUUUCAUUGCACCGUUACCAAUCGACCAUAAAAUCUCAAUAGAUACUGUUGACGUCUCUCAAAACACUCAUCAUCGUGUCACUCGUGCUGCUACUGCGAAAAAAGAUCGCAUAUGGGAUUACGGAGUUAUUCCAUAUGAGAUUGAUGGGAAUUUUAGCGGUGCACAUAAAGCUCUCUUUAAACAAGCAAUGAAGCAUUGGGAGAAUUUCACUUGUAUCAAGUUCGUCGAACGCAAUCCUCUAGAUCAUCCGAAUUAUAUUGUGUUUACUGAACGUCCUUGCGGAUGCUGUUCAUUUGUUGGUAAACGCGGUCAAGGACCUCAAGCUAUCUCCAUCGGAAAAAAUUGCGAUAAAUUUGGAAUUGUUGUUCAUGAAUUGGGGCAUGUUGUUGGCUUUUGGCAUGAACAUACGCGACCCGAUCGUGAGAAUCAUGUUGUAAUUAACAAGGCUAAUAUCAUGAAUGGUCAAGAGUAUAAUUUUAAUAAACUCACUGAAGAUGAUGUCAAUUCUUUGGGUCAAGCUUAUGACUACGAUUCCAUCAUGCAUUAUGCUAAGAAUACUUUUUCGAAGGGAACAUAUCUUGAAACAAUCUUUCCGGUUGAUAUUCCCGGAAGAAAGAGACCAGAAAUAGGUCAGAGAAUAAGAUUAAGUGAAGGGGAUAUCGCUCAAGCCAAUCUUCUCUAUAAAUGUCCAAAAUGUGGACGAACUUUUCAAGACAAUAGUGGAUCGUUCACAUCACCAAGCUAUUACAUAUCAACAAAUGAACCUGAGAAGUGUGAAUGGAGAAUAACAGCAACUCAUGGUGAACGAAUUGUCUUGAACAUCACUGAUCUAGACAUUUUCAAAUCAGAUAAUUGCAAAUCAGAUUAUUUAGAGAUUCGUGAUGGUUAUUGGCAUAAGUCACCAGCUCUUGGACGCUUCUGUGGAAGUGGAAAAGUGAAUGAACUUAUAACAACAACAGGUUCAAGAAUGUUGCUGACAUUUGUCAAUACUUUACAACAACCAAGCUUGCGAGGUUUUGCUGCAAGUUUUGAAGCAAUUUGCGGGGGAGAAAUGAAUCUCGAAACUGGCGGUAGACUCGAGUCACCGAAUUAUCCACUCGACUAUCUUCCAAGUAAAGAAUGCGUUUGGAAAAUUACCGUCCCGAAAGAAUUUCAAGUCGCUUUACAUUUUCAAUCGUUUGAAGUUGAAAAUCACGAUAAUUGCGUAUACGAUUAUGUUGAAGUAAGAGAUGGUGACACUCCCGAUUCAAGACUUAUCGGCGUUUUUUGUGGAUACAAAAUUCCACCCGAUAUGAGGUCGUCAUCGAAUAAACUUUUUGUUAAAUUCGUUUCUGAUGGUUCAGUACAAAAAGCUGGUUUCUCAGCAACAUUUAUGAAGGAGGUUGAUGAAUGCGAAAUGAACGAACAUGGUUGCGAACACGAAUGCAUAAACACACUGGGCGGUUACGAAUGUUCAUGUCAUCUUGGCUAUGAGUUGCAUAGCAAUAGAAAAGCAUGUGAGACGGCUUGUGGUGGUAUUCUUGACACACCAAAUGGAACGAUUUGGUCGCCAUCGUUUCCCAAAGAAUAUCCGACAAAUAAAGAAUGUAUUUGGGAAAUAAUUGCACCAGAAAAUCAUAAAAUUACUUUGAACUUCACACAUUUUGAUUUGGAGGGAAAUGUUUUCUAUCAACCAGCAACAUGCGAGUACGACGCAUUGACAGUUUACUCCAAAAUGUCUGAUGACUCAUUGAAGAAGCACGGAGUGUAUUGUGGAACCAAAAUUCCAAAUGCUGUUACCAGCGAUGGAAAUAUUUUAAGAUUAGAAUUUAAAUCUGACAAAACAAUUCAAAAAACUGGAUUUGCAGCAAUUUAUUUGACCGAUGUUGAUGAAUGUGCUGAGAAUAACGGAGGUUGUCAACAUGAAUGCCGAAAUCUUCUUGGAUCGUAUGAAUGUUCAUGUCAUAAUGGAUUCACUCUUCAUGAGAAUGGACAUGAUUGCAAGGAAGGUGGAUGCAAAUUCGAAAUAACUUCGCCAUCUGGUCAUAUUUCAUCACCAAACUAUCCUGAUUUAUAUCCAGCACAGAAAGAUUGCAUUUGGCACUUUACAACAACGCCUGGACAUCGAAUAAGACUUGUCUUUAACAUAUUUGAGAUUGAACCACAUCAGGAAUGUGCUUAUGAUCAUAUUGCAUUAUUUGAUGGUAACUCAGCUGAUAGUCAUAGUCUUGGACGAUUCUGUGGUUCGAAACUGCCACAUCCAAUCUCAUCAACAUCAAACUCAAUGUUUAUGUUGUUUAAUUCUGAUGCAAGCGUUCAUCGAAAAGGAUUCUUUGCAACUCAUUCGACAGUUUGUGGAGGACAUUUACAAGCAACGAAUAAAUUGAAGAAUAUUUAUUCUCAUUCACGCUAUGGUGAUGAAACUUAUGAAGCUCAUUCAGAUUGCGAGUGGGUGAUUGAAACAACAAGGGGAAGAAAUAUUCAGUUAACAUUUAUGGCAUUUGAAAUUGAAGAAGAGAAAGCGUGUUCAUAUGAUUACGUUGAGGUUUACAGUGGAGUUGACGAUUCAAGUGGUCGACUUCAUGGUCGUUAUUGCGGAAAUGCUAUCCCGCAUGAUUUAAUUUCCGAACAUGAAGAAUUUAUGAUUCGUUUUCACUCGGAUGAUUCUAUGGGAUUCAAAGGUUUUGCACUUUCUUACGUUGCUGUUGAUCCUCUUGAUGAUUUCGAUGAGAAUUCUGCAAACUUUGAAGAAGAAAGUGCAGAGAUUGCAACACCUUUUCCAGGAUAUUUGCCUGGUGGUCAUUCAAGAUUUUCAAUGAGAAAGCCUGAAGAUGAUGACGAUGAAGAUGAAGAAGAGGAGGAAGAAGAGGAAUAUAACAGAAGUAUGAGGAAGCCAGAAGAAAAUGAAGAUCUUGAUGAAGAUUUAGACUUAGUAACAGACAACGAGGAUAAUUACAUUUACAACUCACACAGAAUCAUCAAAGAAAAUACGAUCAUCAUUGGCAACAACAAGAAAAAGGAAGAUGAUGUUGAUUAAAUUUACUUUAUCUUCUCUACAUGAAGAACUUGAACCAUAUCUUUGAAAAUAAAUCUUUUAAAACUUAAGUACAUACCUAGCUGUCACUAUGUUUUGAUCUCCUUGCAUGUUUUUCUUUCAAAACUUUUCAAGAUUUUAAUGAUUCUUAACGUGCCAUAUCAUUAAACCAAAAACUGUCGUCUUUGUUCAAGAAAAAGAGUUUCAGAAUUUUAAAGUAAUAAAUAUGGUG